AUGCAGCGGGUCCGUUGUCGAGGACACUCAGGAGAUUGUGGAGAUGGAAAGGACAAGAAGCCAGUCUUCUUCACUUUCCACGAUCACUCCGGCUUCUUCAAAGAGGAAGUCCUUUCGCCGCCCUCUGGGGACAACUGUGCUGCUUCCGCUCCUCUGGAGAUCUCUUUCCCUAAUGACGACUCUUUCGCCAUGAAAGCAAUCUUUUACGCUCUCGCUCUCCCCGGCCAGUUCAUGAGCACACCCAACAGCGUUCUCGUCGGCCGCCUGACCAUAAUGCUUACUCAAAUACCCCGCCAGAGUUGUCGCUCCAACAACUAUGGCAACUCUUACCCAGGCCAGCAAGGUAACUUCCGCCACCAGAAGAAGACCUCAACAUAUCACUCUUCUUCUAGUAGCGGUGCGGCAUCGAACACACAGCCUCAGACUACAGCCGCGCAUGCCUGGCAGACAACCUGCUAUGUCGGCAACUUGACUCCUUACACCACUCAGAAUGACCUUGUUCCCGCAGAACCCGUUGGGGGCACCGCGGCCCUCAAGCCCAGUCACCUGCCGGCUACGGCUCCCAGAUGGGGGUUUGGGACACCGCCGUCAUGCUUCCACAACGGCUUGCUGGCGGCUCUGCGCAGCCGCAAGCUCAACUCCCAGACCAUCGGUGGAUGGGAGUUGUGGUCACCGCUAGCCACAACCCCGCCAUUGGCAAUGGUGCCAAGAUCGUCGAGAGACCUCAGGGGCGAGAUGCUCGAGGAGGAGGGCAGGAGAGAAGGAUAGAAGUAAGGGCUUUGAGAAUGAAGGAAUGCGGAAUUGUGGAAUAAGAGUGCUGUUUUGGGGGUUGUGCGAAGAGCUUGUGGAUUGCACAUGGUCUUGUAUGUAGAGGUGUUGCCUUUGUCUUCUUGUUCUUCUUCACCACCUCAGUCCACAAGUUCAUACUAGAG